AUGGACGUGGACGUGGACGUGGACGUGGACGUGGACGUGGACAUGGACGUGGACGUGGACAUGGUCGUGGACGUGGACGUGGACGUGGACGUGGACAUGGUCGUGGACGUGGACCUGGACGUGGACGUGGACAUGGACGUGGACAUGGUCGUGGACGUGGACGUGGACGUGGACGUGGACGUGGACGUGGACAUGGACGUGGACGUGGACGUGGACGUGGACGUGGAGGUGGACAUGGACGUGGACAUGGACGUGGACGUGGACGUGGACGUGGACGUGGUCGUGGACGUGGACGUGGACGUGGACAUGGACGUGGACGUGGACGUGGACGUGGACGUGGACGUGGACGUGGACAUGGACGUGGACGUGGAUGUGGACGUGGACGUGGACGUGGACAUGGACGUGGACAUGGACAUGGACGUGGACGUGGACGUGGACGUGGACAUGGUCGUGGACGUGGACCUGGACGUGGACGUGGACAUGGACGUGGACAUGGUCGUGGACGUGGACGUGGACGUGGACGUGGACGUGGACAUGGACGUGGACGUGGACGUGGACGUGGACAUGGACGUGGACGUGGACGUGGACGUGGACAUGGUCGUGGACGUGGACGUGGAAGUGGACGUGGUCGUGGUCGUGGUCGUGGACAUGGACGUGGACGUGGACGUGGACGUGGACGUGGACGUGGACGUGGACGUGGACGUGGACGUAGACGUGGACGUGGACGUGGACAUGGACGUGGACAUGGAAGUGAACGUAGACGUGGACGUGGACAUGGACGUGGACAUGGACAUGGACGUGUACAUGGACGUGGACAUGGACGUGGACGUGGACGUGGACGUGGACAUGGACGUGGACGUGGACGUGGACGUUGUCGUGAACGUGGACGUGGACGUGGACAUGGACGUGGACGUGGACGUGGACGUGGACGUGGACAUGGACGUGGACGUGGACGUGGACGUGGACGUGGACGUGGACAUGGACGUGGACGUGGACAUGGUCGUGGACGUGGACGUGGACGUGGACGUGGACAUGGUCGUGGACGUGGACCUGGACGUGGACAUGGAGAUGGACGUGGACAUGGACGUGGACGUGGACGUGGACGUCGACGUGGACAUGGACGUGGACGUGGAUGUGGACGUGGACGUGGACGUGGACAUGGACGUGGACAUGGACAUGGACGUGGACGUGGACGUGGACGUGGACAUGGUCGUGGACGUGGACCUGGACGUGGACAUGGACGUGGACGUGGACGUGGACGUGGACAUGGUCGUGGACGUGGACCUGGACGUGGACGUGGACAUGGACGUGGACAUGGUCGUGGACGUGGACGUGGACGUGGACGUGGACGUGGACAUGGACGUCGACGUGGACGUGGACGUGGACAUGGACGUGGACGUGGACGUGGACGUGGACAUGGUCGUGGACGUGGACGUGGAAGUGGACGUGGUCGUGGUCGUGGACAUGGAUGUGGACGUGGACGUGGACGUCGACGUGGACGUCGACGUGGACGUGGACGUGGACGUGGACGUAGACGUGGACGUGGACGUGGACGUGGACGUGGACGUGGACGUGGACCUGGACGUGGACAUGGAAGUGAACGUGGACGUGGACGUGGACAUGGACGUGGACAUGGACAUGGACGUGGACGUGGACGUGGACGUGGACGUGGACGUGGUCGUGGACGUGGACGUGGACGUGGACGUGGACGUGGACGUGGACGUGGACGUGGACGUGGACGUGGACAUGGACGUGGACAUGGACGUGGACGUGGACGUGGACGUGGACGUGGACAUGGACGUGGACAUGGAAGUGGACGUGGACGUGGACGUGGACAUGGACGUGGACGUGGACGUGGACGUGGACGUGGACAUGGACGUGGACGUGGAUGUGGACAUGGACGUGGACAUGGACAUGGACGUGGACGUGGACGUGGACGUGGACGUGGACGUGGACAUGGACGUGGACGUGGACGUGGACGUGGACGUGGACGUGGUCGUGGACGUGGACGUGGACGUGGACGUGGACUUGGACAUGGACGUGGACGUGGACGUAGACGUGGAAAUGGACGUGGACGUGGACCUGGACGUGGACGUUGAUGUGGACAUGGUCGUGGACGUGGACCUGGACGUGGACGUGGACAUGGACGUGGACAUGGACGUGGACGUGGACGUGGACGUGGACAUGGACUCAUGGAAGUGGUCGUGGACAUGGACGUGGACGUGGACGUGGACGUCGACGUGGACGUGGUCGUGCGUGGACGUGGACGUGGACGUAGAUGUGGACGUGGACGUAGACGUGGACGUGGACGUGGACGUGGACGUGGUCGUGGACGUGGACGUGGAUGUGGACGUGAACGUGGACGUGGACAUAGACGUAGACGUGGACGUGGACAUGGACGUGGACAUGGACGUGGAGGUGGACGUGGAUGUGGACGUGGACGUGGACUUGGACGUGGACGUGGACUUGGACGUGGACGUGGUCGUGGACGUGGACGUGGACGUGGUCGUGGACGUGGACGUGGACGUGGACGUGGACGUGGACAUAGACAUGGACGUGGACGUGGACGUGGACAUGGUCGUGGAUGUGGACGUGGAGGUGGACGGGGACGUGGACAUGGACGUGGACGUGGACAUGGACGUGGACGUGGACAUGGACGUGGACGUGGACGUGGACGUGGACAUGGACGUGGACGUGGACGUGGACGUGGACGUGGACGUGGUCGUGGACGUGGACGUGGACAUGGACGUGGACGUCGACAUAGACGUGGACGUGGACGUGGACGUGGACGUGGACGUAGACGUGGACGUGGACGUAGACGUGGACGUGGUCGUGGACGUGGACGUGGACGUGGACGUGGACGUGGACGUGGUCGUGGUCGUGGACGUGGACGUGGACCUGGACGUGGACAUAGACGUGGACGUGGACGUGGACGUGGACAUGGUCGUGGAUGUGGACGUGGAGGUGGACAUGGAUGUGGACGUGGACAUGGACGUGGACGUGGACGUGGACGUGGACGUGGUCGUGGACGUGGACGUGGACGUGGACAUGGACGUGGACGUGGACGUGGACGUGGACAUGGAAGUGGACGUGGACGUGGACGUGGACGUGGACGUGGACGUGGACGUGGACGUGGACAUGGACGUGGACAUGGACGUGGACGUGGACGUGGACGUGGACGUGGACGUGGACGUGGACGUGGUCGUGGACGUGGACCUGGACGUGGACCUGGACGUGGACGUGGACAUGGACGUGGACAUGGUCGUGGACGUGGACGUGGACGUGGACGUGGACGUGGACAUGGACGUGGACGUGGACAUGGACGUGGACGUGGACGUGGACGUGGACGUGGACGUCGACGUGGACAUGGACGUGGACGUGGAUGUGGACGUGGACGUGGACGUGGACAUGGACGUGGACAUGGACGUGGACGUGGACGUGGACAUGGUCGUGGACGUGGACCUGGACGUGGACGUGGAUAUGGACGUGGACAUGGACAUGGACGUGGACGUGGACGUGCACAUGGUCGUGGACGUGGACCUGGACGUGGACGUGGACAUGGACGUGGACAUGGUCGUGGACGUGGACGUGGACGUGGACGUGGACGUGGACAUGGACGUGGACGUGGACGUGGACGUAGACAUGGACGUGGACGUGGACGUGGACGUGGACAUGGUCGUGGACGUGGACGUGGAAGUGGACGUGGUCGUGGUCGUGGUCGUGGACAUGGACGUGGACGUCGACGUGGACGUCGACGUGGACGUCGACGUGGACGUGGACGUGGACGUGGACGUGGACGUAGACGUGGACGUGGACGUGGACAUGGACGUGGACAUGGAAGUGAACGUGGACGUGGACGUGGACAUGGACGUGGACAUGGACAUGGACGUGGACGUGGACGUGGACGUGGACGUGGACGUGGUCGUGGACGUGGACGUGGACGUGGACAUGGACGUGGACGUGGACGUGGACGUGGACGUGGACAUGGACGUGGACGUGGACGUGGACGUGGACGUGGACAUGGACGUGGACGUGGACGUGGACGUGGACGUGGAUAUGGACGUGGACAUGGAAGUGGACGUGGACGUGGACGUGGACAUGGACGUGGACGUGGACGUGGACGUGGACAUGGACGUGGACGUGGAUGUGGACAUGGACGUGGACAUGGACAUAGACGUGGACGUGGACGUGGACGUGGACGUGGACAUGGACGUGGACAUGGACGUGGACGUGGACGUGGACGUGGACGUGGUCGUGGACGUGGACGUGGACGUGGACGUGGACUUGGACAUGGACGUGGACGUGGACGUAGACGUGGAAAUGGACGUGGACGUGGACCUGGACGUGGACAUGGACGUGGACGUGGACGUGGACGUGGACGUGGACAUGGACGUGGACGUGGACGUGGACGUGGACGUGGACGUGGACAUGGACGUGGACGUGGACAUGGUCGUAGACGUGGACGUGGACGUGGACGUGGACGUGGACAUGGUCGUGGACGUGGACCUGGACGUGGACGUGGACAUGGACGUGGACAUGGUCGUGGACGUGGACGUGGACGUGGACGUGGACAUGGACGUGGACGUGGACGUGGAUGUGGACGUGGAGGUGGACAUGGACGUGGACAUGGACGUGGACGUGGACGUGGACGUGGUCGUGGACGUGGACGUGGACGUGGACAUGGACGUGGACGUGGACGUGGACGUGGACGUGGACGUGGACGUGGACAUGGACGUGGACGUGGAUGUGGACGUGGACGUGGACGUGGACAUGGACGUGGACAUGGACGUGGACGUGGACGUGGACAUGGUCGUGGACGUGGACCUGGACGUGGACGUGGACAUGGACGUGGACAUGGACAUGGACGUGGACGUGGACGUGGACAUGGUCGUGGACGUGGACCUGGACGUGGACGUGGACAUGGACGUGGACAUGGUCGUGGACGUGGACGUGGACGUGGACGUGGACGUGGACAUGGACGUGGACGUGGACGUGGACGUAGACAUGGACGUGGACGUGGACGUGGACGUGGACAUGGUCGUGGACGUGGACGUGGAAGUGGACGUGGUCGUGGUCGUGGUCGUGGACAUGGACGUGGACGUGGACGUCGACGUGGACAUCGACGUGGACGUGGACGUGGACGUGGACGUGGACGUAGACGUGGACGUGGACGUGGACGUGGACAUGGACGUGGACAUGGAAGUGAACGUGGACGUGGACGUGGACAUGGACGUGGACAUGGACAUGGACGUGGACGUGGACGUGGACGUGGACGUGGUCGUGGACGUGGACGUGGACGUGGACAUGGACGUGGACGUGGACGUGGACGUGGACGUGGACAUGGACGUGGACGUGGACGUGGACGUGGACGUGGACAUGGACGUGGACGUGGACGUGGACGUGGACGUGGAUAUGGACGUGGACAUGGAAGUGGACGUGGACGUGGACGUGGACAUGGACGUGGACGUGGACGUGGACGUGGACGUGGACAUGGACGUGGACGUGGAUGUGGACAUGGACGUGGACAUGGACAUGGACGUGGACGUGGACGUGGACGUGGACGUGGACAUGGACGUGGACAUGGACGUGGACGUGGACGUGGACGUGGACGUGGUCGUGGACGUGGACGUGGACGUGGACGUGGACUUGGACAUGGACGUGGACGUGCACGUAGACGUGGAAAUGGACGUGGACGUGGACCUGGACGUGGACAUGGACGUGGACGUGGACGUGGACGUGGACGUGGACAUGGACGUGGACGUGGACGUGGACGUGGACGUGGACGUGGACAUGGACGUGGACGUGGACAUGGUCGUGGACGUGGACGUGGACGUGGACGUGGACGUGGACAUGGUCGUGGACGUGGACCUGGACGUGGACGUGGACAUGGACGUGGACAUGGUUGUGGACGUGGACGUGGACGUGGACGUGGACAUGGACGUGGACGUGGAUGUGGACGUGGAGGUGGACAUGGACGUGGACAUGGACGUGGACGUGGACGUGGACGUGGACGUGGUCGUGGACGUGGACGUGGACGUGGACAUGGACGUGGACGUGGACGUGGACGUGGACGUGGACGUCGACGUGGACAUGGACGUGGACGUGGAUGUGGACGUGGACGUGGACGUGGACAUGGACGUGGACAUGGACAUGGACGUGGACGUGGACGUGGACGUGGACGUGGACAUGGUCGUGGACGUGGACCUGGACGUGGACGUGGACAUGGACGUGGACAUGGUCGUGGACGUGGACGUGGACGUGGACGUGGACGUGGACAUGGACGUGGACGUGGACGUGGACGUGGACAUGGACGUGGACGUGGACGUGGACAUGGUCGUGGACGUGGACGUGGAAGUGGACGUGGUCGUGGUCGUGGUCGUGGACAUGGACGUGGACGUGGACGUGGACGUCGACGUGGACGUCGACGUGGACGUGGACGUGGACGUGGACGUAGACGUGGACGUGGACGUGGACGUGGACAUGGACGUGGACAUGGAAGUGAACGUGGACGUGGACGUGGACAUGGACGUGGACAUGGACAUGGACGUGGACGUGGACGUGGACGUGGACGUGGACGUGGUCGUGGACGUGGACGUGGACAUGGACGUGGACGUGGACGUGGACGUGGACGUGGACAUGGACGUGGACGUGGACGUGGACGUGGACGUGGAUAUGGACGUGGACGUGGACGUGGACGUGGACGUGGACAUGGACGUGGACAUGGAAGUGGACGUGGACGUGGACGUGGACAUGGACGUGGACGUGGACGUGGACGUGGACGUGGACAUGGACGUGGACGUGGAUGUGGACAUGGACGUGGACAUGGACAUAGACGUGGACGUGGACGUGGACGUGGACGUGGACAUGGACGUGGACGUGGACGUGGACGUGGACGUGGACGUGGUCGUGGACGUGGACGUGGACGUGGACGUGGACUUGGACAUGGACGUGGACGUGGACGUAGACGUGGAAAUGGACGUGGACGUGGACCUGGACGUGGACGUUGAUGUGGACAUGGUCGUGGACGUGGACCUGGACGUGGACGUGGACAUGGACGUGGACAUGGACGUGGACGUGGACGUGGACGUGGACAUGGACUCAUGGAAGUGGUCGUGGACAUGGACGUGGACGUGGACGUGGACGUGGACGUCGACGUGGACGUGGUCGUGCGUGGACGUGGACGUGGACGUAGACGUAGACGUGGACGUAGACGUGGACGUGGACGUGGACGUGGACGUGGUCGUGGACGUGGACGUCGACAGAGACGUGGACGUCGACAUGGACGUGGACGUGGACAUGGACGUGGACGUGGACGUGGACGUGGACGUGGACGUGGUCGUGGACGUGGACGUGGACGUGGACGUGGACUUGGACAUGGACGUGGACGGUGGACGUGGACGUGGUCACGUAGACGUGGACGUAGACGUGGACGUGGACGUGGACGUGGACGUGGUCGUGGACGUGGACGUCGACAGGGACGUGGACGUCGACAUGGACGUGGACGUGGACAUGGACGUGGACGUGGACGUGGACGUGGACAUGGACGUGGACGUGGACGUGGACGUGGUCGACGUGGACGUGGACGUAGACGUGGACGUGGUCGUGGACGUGGACGUGGACGUGGACGUGGACGUGGUCGUGGUCGUGGACGUGGACGUGGACCUGGACGUGGACAUAGACGUGGACGUGGACGUGGACGUGGACAUGGUCGUGGAUGUGGACGUGGAGGUGGACAUGGACGUGGACGUGGACGUGGACGUGGACGUGGUCGUGGACGUGGACGUGGACGUGGUCGUGGACGUGGACGUGGACGUGGACAUGGACGUGGACGUGGACGUGGACGUGGACGUGGACGUGGACAUGGACGUGGACGUGGACGUGGACAUGGUCGUGGACGUGGACGUGGACAUGGACGUGGACAUGGACGUGGACGUGGACGUGGACGUGGACGUGGACAUGGACGUGGUCGUGGACGUGGACGUGGACGUGGUCGUGGACGUGGACGUGGACGUGGACAUGGACGUGGACGUGGACGUGGACGUGGACGUCGACGUGGACGUGGACAUGGACGUGGACGGGGAUGUGGACGUGGACGUGGACGUGGACAUGGACGUGGACAUGGACAUGGACGUGGACGUGGACGUGGAC